AUGCCACAUUUCCCCAAGGAUUCCGGAUUUGCGGUCAAAGAUGAAUCCAGCGUGCAAAACGCUGUCAAAGUCAAAAACCGUCGCAAGCGGUAUCUGGACUUACACCCAGAAUACUUCUCGGCGGGGCUUGAGCUAGCCGACCCGUUACUAUACGAUCGCCUCAUCCGCCGAUUUCAGACAGCGCAAGAAAGAGAGGCCGAGGGGCGAGCGAAGGGGUUCUCAGGUGUCUUAGAGACUGACCUCCUGCGGUCUGAAGCCAAGAUCGAUGCGAUCGCAAACCCGGAUCCCAACGCUAUGAUGAGCUACACUCGCGGCCCAGAUGGGGAGAUCCUCGCCGAGGACCGCGAUGAAAUACCCCCAAAUAAGGAGGAAGGCGAGCGGCUCUGGCGGUGGGAGAUGGGAUUGCGUUUCAUGCAGGGCAACGACCCUGAUUUUGAUUACAAGACCGUUGAUGAAAAUGACGACUACGAUGAUCACACAGAUGAGCAAGACCAGUAUUUCGAAGAUGAGGAGCCUGAAUGGGUGGUUGACGGCACCCACGAGGACGACGCUCGCCCGAAUCUUCAGGGUGAAACAGGCAUUCAGGAUUUCUAG